AUGUUUAGAUAUUUGAAACAGCAGAUCUACCCAAUUCGAAAUGCGAACAAUCUCCAUAAAUACACGGAAAUCUCAGAAAUUUCUCAAUUCAUCGAGGAAAACGAUUCGAAAUGCGAAAAAGAGUGGAAAUUUCUUCAAGAUGAAGACAUUGGAUUUUGUUAUCGAGCAUGGGCCACUCCAGGAAUCAGCUUCGAAAGCGCAAAAACGAUGUGUCGAUCCUAUGAUGCGAACGUCGUCUCAUCGAUAAGAUCACAUUCGGAAGAUGUGUUUGUGCAAAAUGUGGCUCUUGGUGCGCCUACCAUCACGAAAAUUUGGAUUGGACUUGAAAUGAAUUGGGGCCUUCGACAUUGGCAAAAUCGAGAUCCACACAUAACGUAUGGGACGGCAAUUUAUGGUGUUGAUUCACUGAAUCAAAGGGUUUCUGCUUUCAUGUCCGAUGAACAAAUGCGAUUUGUGGCUAAAUGCAUUCGUUGUAAGCAAAGAAAAAUGAACGGUUUAUGGUAUUUUGUUGGGUUGAAUGAAUCACUCAAUGAAACUUAUCGACCCGAUGGAGUUGUUUGCAAGAAAAGAAUUCGACGACCACCAAUCAAAUACACGAUAAAAUCCAAUGAAAGUUGUGACAUCGGAUGGGCUCACAAUGAGCAUACCGGCUUUUGCUAUUAUCUUCAGAACUACAAGCCUUUACUAAACGAAUCUCAACUAUUCACUUGGAAUGAAGCAGAGAGUGACUGCAAAAAACGAGGAUCUCAUUUAGUCUCAAUACACUCGUUGGAGGAAAGAGAAUUCGUGAAAGAUUUGAUCACAUCCGAUCUACAGUCACAACUACCCGAACAAAGUUGGUUUGACGGCUGUACGUUGGGUCACGGUGUUUGGAUCGGCUUGCACAGAGUGAAUGGCCGAAUAAUGAACACCGAUGGAAGUGCGAGUCGCUUUUUCCCUUCACUUCACUCUCAACAUGACGAAGACGGAUAUUGGUGGAUGUGCAAUGAUCGGGCGAAUACCUAUCCGGAAGCGAUACAAACGACAUAUGAUUGGGGACAGAAAUCAGUCGCUAUGCCACUUUUCCUAUUGCUGUUUUUAAUUCCCUCAUCAAUGAGUGACAUUGUUGAAGUCCCUCAAAUGUACGCAUUGGAUGACGAAAAUCCAUCGUUUGUUCUCUUCGGAAGUGAUGUGAGAAAUGGGUCCACAAUUUUGAUCGAUAUCGGCAAUUCGACCGAUUCUUUACAAGGCGGCGCCGGUCACGAGAUCGAAAUCGGAAUUUACGAUCCGAAAGCUACCAAAAACUUUUACGAGCUAUCCGCCUAUGAAAAUCCUCUAAUGUUCACCGUCAUCAACAAGGGAUAUUCGAGGGAAAGUUGCCACGAGUUUGAGAUUGAAAAUCUGGAUGUAAUUGGAAAUGGAUACAAUAAUCUGGUUAGUUAU